AUGGGGCUUUGGGUGGCGCCCCACAAAACUGAAGCUGUCUUCAUGCAUGACGGCUCUUGUGGGGCCCCACCCGUGGCUCAUAUUAUUGUGGAGGGAACUCGUGUACUGGUGGGGGACCAGAUAAAAUACCUGGGCCUCCACAUCGAUGGCACUUGGAGCUUUACUGAGCACUUUGCCCGCAUGGCCCCCAAAGUUAAUGGUAUUGCAGCAGCCCUCAGAAGACUGCUACCUAAUAUCGGAGGGCCAGGUGGACACACCCGCCGCUUAUAUACAGCCACAGUGCAUGCGGUGGCAUUGUACGGGGCCCCUGUGUGGGCUGAGAGUGUGAUGGCUAUCCGUCGUAACAAACAGCUCAUGCGACAGGUACAGAGACGCAUGGCCAUCGCAGUUACGCGGGCCUACAGAACGGUGGCAUAUGAGGCGGUGCUGAUCCUGGCAGGAAUUCCCCCCUUCGAACUUCUGGCUCAGAUGUACGCUGAAGUCUACCAGCGUACAAGGAGGCUUAGAGAGGGGGGAACUAUCAUCAUUGACAGGAUCAGAGUUCUGAUAAGGAAACAAGCCCGGCAAGCUUUCAUUAUUAAAUGGCAAAGACGCCUUUAUGAUGAGAACCUUGCAGGGCAGAGAGUGGUCGGAGCCAUCAGGCCCCUCCUAAGUGAAUGGCUGGAGGUGCAGAAGAUGAGGGGGACCUUCCACACGACGCAGGUGCUCUCGGGGCACGGAUGUUUCGGGGAUUAUUUAUGCCGAAUAGGAAAGAAGGAGACAACGAGAUGUCAUCAUUGUGAUGGAGACUGUGACUCGGCGCAGCACACUACAACACUGUCCUGCCUGGACGGAGCAGCGCCGAGUCCUAGUUCAAGAUAUUGGCAGUAA